UCAGUUGAAUUUCCACUCCAAAUCGAAAUCCAAUUGAGCUCAAGAAUCCAAUUCCAGGCUUCAAUCUAAUGAGUAAUGACUCUCGCCAAUAGUGAAUGGCUCGCUUUCUUCAUUUCGCAUUUUGCUUCAUCCUCAUAGCCCUAACCACAAACCCUAGCCUCCUCCGAGCUUCCGAAGAUGACCACGACGACUCUUCCCUAACCGAUUCCUAUUCCAAUCUCUUCCACCAGGACUACUCGCCGCCUGCUCCGCCACCGCCGCCGCCGCACCCGCCGUCGGUGUCGUGCACCGACGACCUCGGCGGCGUCGGGUCGCUGGACACCACGUGUCAGAUAGUGGCGGAUUCGAACCUCACCGGAGACGUGUAUAUACAAGGGAGAGGAAACUUUUAUAUCCUGCCCGGGGUGAGAUUCCACUGCGCUACGCCUGGUUGCUCCAUAAUCGUUAACAUUACUGGUAAUUUUAGCUUAGGUAACUCGUCGUCGAUUUUCGCCGGAGGUUUUGAGCUCGUGGCGUUCAAUGCCAGCUUCCACAACGGCUCGGUGGUGAACACGACUGCUUUGGCGGGGAAGCCGCCGCCGCAGACGAGCGGGACUCCGCAGGGGAUUGACGGCGCCGGCGGGGGACAUGGAGGCCGCGGCGCGUGUUGCUUGGCGGACCAUUCUAAGCUUCCGGAGGACGUGUGGGGCGGUGACACCUACUCGUGGUCGUCGCUGCAGAAGCCGUGUAGCUUUGGGAGUAGAGGCGGCUCGACGAGCAGGGAGGUGGAUUAUGGAGGUUUAGGGGGAGGGAUAGUGAAGCUGAUGGUUACGAAUUAUUUGGAGGUGAAUGGCAGUGCUUUGGCUGAUGGUGGUGAUGGCGGUGCGAAAGGCGGAGGUGGUUCUGGUGGCAGCAUCUACAUUAAGGCUCAGAGAAUGACUGGGAGUGGCAGGAUAACUGCUUGUGGUGGUAAUGGCUAUGCUGGUGGCGGUGGUGGAAGAGUGUCGAUUGAUGUUUUUAGCAGGCAUGAUGACCCUGCAGUAUUUGUGCACGGUGGAAGUAGCAAUGCUUGUCCAGAAAAUGCAGGUGGUGCUGGUACUUUAUAUGAUGCAGUUCCUCGAAGCCUUAUUAUUAGCAAUCAUAACAAGUCAACAGACACAGAAACACUUCUCUUGGAGUUCCCUUAUCAGCCUCUUUGGACAAAUAUAUAUGUUCGAAAUAAAGCUAGGGCUUCUGUCCCUCUGCUUUGGAGUCGAGUCCAGGUGCAAGGGCAGAUAAGUCUUCUCUGUGAUGGUGUGCUAAGCUUCGGACUUCAACAUUUUGCUUCAUCAGAGUUUGAGUUAUUGGCUGAAGAAUUGCUAAUGAGCGAUUCUGUAUUAAAGGUGUACGGAGCUCUGCGCAUGUCUGUAAAAAUGUUCUUGAUGUGGAAUUCCAAGAUGCUCAUAGAUGGUGGUGGAGAAGAAGCUGUUGCAACAUCCUUACUGGAGGCUAGUAACUUGAUUGUUCUCAGGGAGUCAUCUGUGAUACACUCUAAUGCAAAUUUGGGAGUUCAUGGACAAGGGUUACUGAACCUAUCAGGACCAGGAGAUUGGAUUCAAGCACAACGUCUGGUCUUAUCAUUAUUCUACAGUAUUCAUGUUGGGCCUGGAUCUGUUUUGCGUGGCCCCUUAGAGAACGCAACAUCUGAUUCUGUAACACCAAAGCUCUACUGUGAGAAUGAAGAUUGCCCUGUAGAGCUACUUCAUCCACCUGAAGAUUGCAAUGUGAACUCCUCACUGCCCUUUACACUUCAGAUAUGCCGGGUUGAGGACAUCAACAUCGCAGGUCACAUAAAAGGAUCAGUUGUUCAUUUUCACAGGGCAAGGACCAUUGCUGUCCGGUCUACUGGAAUGAUAAGUGCAUCAGGAAUGGGCUGCAUAGGAGGUUUUGGGAGUGGCAACGUUCUGAGCAAUGGGAUUGGCAGUGGUGGUGGGCAUGGUGGUAAAGGUGGGGCUGCCUGUUAUAAUAGUAGUUGUGUUGAGGGUGGAAUUUCAUAUGGGAAUGCAAAGUUGCCUUGUGAACUUGGUAGUGGAAGUGGAUAUGACAUUCCAGCUGGUUCAACUGCUGGUGGUGGUAUAAUUGUAAUGGGUUCUGUAGAACAUCCCUUGUCAAGUUUGACUGUUAAAGGCUUGGUGACAGCUGAUGGUGAAAGUUUUGAAAGAAACACAGCAAAUGGAAAUCUUUCUAUUGCUGAUAAUUUAACUGGACAUCCUGGAGGUGGGUCCGGUGGAACCAUACUUCUCUUCUUGCGAACAUUAGCUCUUGGUGAAUCUGCCAAUCUCUCAAGUGUUGGUGGAUAUGGAAGUUCCAAUGGGGCAGGUGCUGGGGGUGGUGGAAGAAUUCAUUUUCAUUGGUCCGACAUUCCCACUGGAGAUGUGUAUCAGCCUAUUGCAAGUGUGGAGGGGAAUAUCCAUGCACGGGGUGGGAGAGGCAGAGACCAGGGUAAUCCUGGAGAAGAUGGCACAGUGACGGGAAAAGCAUGCCCAAAAGGGCUUUACGGGACUUUUUGUGAGGAGUGUCCAGCUGGCACUUUCAAGAAUGUCAUUGGGUCUGAUGGGGCACUUUGUCAAAAUUGUCCUGCUGAACAGCUUCCCCAACGUGCAAUUUAUAUUUCUGUCCGAGGUGGUGUUGCUGAGACACCGUGUCCUUACAAAUGCAUUUCAGAUAGAUAUCACAUGCCAAACUGUUAUACAGCUCUUGAAGAGUUGAUCUAUACAUUUGGUGGGCCUUGGCUAUUUGGUCUUCUUCUGAUUGGUCUCCUCGUCCUGUUAGCUUUGGUGCUAAGUGUAGCACGUAUGAAAUUUGUUGGGCUUGAUGAGUUACCAGGCCCAGCUCCCACACAGCAUGGCUCACAAAUAGACCAUUCUUUUCCGUUCCUUGAAUCAUUGAAUGAGGUUUUGGAAACAAACAGAGCUGAGGAGUCCUAUAGCCAUGUCCACAGAAUGUAUUUUAUGGGUCCAAAUACUUUCGCAGAACCUUGGCAUCUGCCUCACACUCCUCCAGAGCAAAUAAAAGAAAUUGUAUAUGAGGGUCCAUUUAAUACAUUUGUUGAUGAGAUCAACGCCAUAGCCACUUACCAGUGGUGGGAGGGAGCAAUGUACAUCAUUCUUGUUGUUCUUGCAUACCCCCUGGCCUGCUCAUGGCAACAGUGGCGCCGAAGAUUGAAAUUGCAACGCCUGCGUGAAUUUGUUCGUUCAGAAUAUGAUCAUGCCUGCUUACAGUCUUGUCGUUCACGCGCUCUCUAUGAAGGAAUUAAGGUAGCUGCAACCUCUGAUUUAAUGCUAGCUUAUGUGGACUUCUUCCUUGGUGGGGAUGAAAAGAGAACUGAUCUUCCUCCUCGUUUACAUCAAAGAUUUCCUAUGUCAUUACCUUGUGGAGGUGAUGGAAGUUACAUGGCUCCUUUCUGUCUGCACAGUGAUAAUAUUGUCACAAGUCUCAUGAGUCAGUCGAUCCCUCCUACCACAUGGUACCGUAUGGUGGCUGGUUUGAAUGCGCAAUUACGCUUAGUUUGCCGUGGAAGGCUAAGAGUUACACUCCUUCCUGUCCUUAGAUGGCUUGAAAGCCAUGCCAAUCCGGCUCUGAGGAUUUAUGGUGUACGUGUUGAUCUUGCGUGGUUCCAGGCUACUGCUUGUGGUUAUCGUCAUUAUGGACUUGUGGUGUAUGCUCUUGAAGAAGACAAUGACCCUGUAUCUGUUAGGAGCAUUGAUGGUGUUAUUGGAAAUGAAGAAUCACGUACAAAUAGCAUUUACAAAGAGGAUUCAUCUGGUCAUUUGAUUGAAGAACCACUCGUAAGCCAGUCUCACAGAGGCAAUGGAAGUCAUGUGAGGCGAAAGAAAGCAUAUGGAAGGAUUGUAGAUGCCAACAAUCUACAAAUGCUCGAGGAUAAAAGAGAUAUAUUUUAUCCUCUCUCUUUUAUGCUUCAUAAUACUAAACCUGUUGGACACCAGGAUCUUGUUGGUUUAGUCAUUUCAAUGCUUCUUUUAGGAGAUUUUAGCUUAGUUUUGCUCACAUUACUCCAGCUGUAUUCAUUUUCAUUAGUGGACGUCUUUCUGGUUCUGUUUAUUUUACCGCUCGGCUUUCUUCUCCCAUUUCCUGCUGGUAUUAAUGCUCUCUUCAGUCAUGGACCCAGACGUUCUGCCAGCCUCGCCCGCAUACAUGCUCUGUGGAAUCUUACAUCCUUAAUUAAUGUUGUGGUUGCUUUCAUUUGUGGAUAUGCUCACUUUAACAGUCAAGCGUCAAGUAAAAAACAUCCAUUACAACCCUGGAGUAUAAGCAUGGAUGACAGUGAAUGGUGGAUUUUUCCUGCUGGUUUGGUUAUUUGUAAAGUUUUUCAAUCACAGCUAAUCAAUUGGCAUGUCGCCAACCUGGAGAUUCAAGACCGUUCCUUGUACAGCAAUGACUUUGAGCUGUUCUGGCAAUCCUGAUUAUUUUUUAACAGGAGAAUGUUUUUCCACAUUAACACGGUUUUUGGCCCUUUUGUAAUACGUUUCCUCUGUAUUCUAUUUUGACAGUAGGAGUGACUGUAGGCAGGUAGCAAAAGAAAGUGUUGGAUAUGAAUUGUGAAAGUGAA